UUGUGAUAUAAUCGUGCUCGCUUCUAUCCCAGCCAGCGAUUCCCCUGCUAUCCCCGCGUAACUCUCUCUGUGUGUGCACUAUUAGCAUGACCGGAAGACUCGCUACUGAGUACGCUGCCUGGAAGAAACUCCAGCAAAUAUACGACGAGCAGCAUGCCUCGCUCGUAUUGAGGGACCUCUUCGCCCAGGACCCCUCCCGCUUCUCGCGGUUCUCCACGGAGUACACAGACUCUACCGAUUCAAACACCACCCUCCUACUCGACUACUCCAAAAACAUCAUCACCCAACCCAUCUUGGACACCCUCCUCUCCCUCGUUCGCGAAGCUGGUGUCGAACGGUACCGCGAUGCCAUGUUUUCCGGCGAACAUAUCAACAACUCCGAAGAUCGUGCCGUGUUACAUAUCGCAUUGCGCAACUUCGACGACUUCAAAAUUCAAGAGGAUGGCGUCAACCAGGUGGCAGAUGUACUAAACCAUAUGAGGGUAUUCUCAGAUGCAGUCAGGGACGGCGUGUGGAAGGGAUACACCGGAAAGACCAUCGAUACGAUCGUCAAUAUUGGCAUCGGCGGAUCAGAUCUUGGCCCUGUCAUGGUCACCGAAGCAUUGAAACCAUACUCCAAACGUGACCUCACCGUCCGCUUCGUAUCCAACAUCGACGGAACACACCUCGCCGAGACAUUGCGACUCUGCGACCCGGAACGAACACUGUUCAUCAUCGCUAGCAAGACCUUCACUACCCAGGAGACAAUCACCAACGCCGAAUCCGCUAAAGCAUGGUUCUUGUCCACUGCCAAGGACCAAGCACACGUAGCGAAGCAUUUCGUUGCACUUAGCACCAACACCAAGGCUGUGACUGCGUUCGGUAUCGACGAAGACAAUAUGUUCCAGUUCUGGGACUGGGUUGGCGGGCGCUACAGCUUGUGGAGCGCCAUCGGUCUCUCUAUCGCCCUCUACAUUGGCUAUGUCAAUUUCGAACAACUCCUCAGAGGUGCACACGGGAUGGACAAGCACUUCAAGGAAACUCCUCUGGAGAACAACCUCCCCGUUAUCCUCGCCGUUCUCGGAAUCUGGUACAACGAUUUCUACGGCGCCCAGACCCACGUCCUCCUCCCUUACGACCAGUACCUCCACAAGUUUGCCGAUUACUUCCAACAAGGCGAUAUGGAGUCUAACGGUAAAUCCGUCACUAAGUCUGGCAAGCGGGUCGAUUAUCAGACCGGACCUAUCAUCUGGGGUGCGGCGGGUACGAACGGCCAACACUCAUUCUACCAACUCCUACAUCAAGGAACAAAACUCGUCCCUGCGGACUUCCUUGCUCCCUGCACGUCCCACAACCCUAUCGACCAUUCCAAACACCACCGCAUCCUCCUUUCCAACUUUUUCGCGCAACCCGAGGCACUGGCUUUUGGCAAAACCGAAGAAGAGGUUCGUAAAGAGCUCGGCCCCAAUGCGAGGGAGGAGGUCGUGAAGAGUAAAGUGUUCGAAGGGAACCGUCCGAGUAACAGUAUUUUGUUCCCGUUGUUGACGCCGAGAACGCUCGGCGCGUUGAUUGCGCUGUACGAACAUAAGAUCUUCACGCAGGGCGUUAUCUGGGGUAUCAACUCCUUCGAUCAAAUGGGUGUUGAGCUUGGCAAAGUCCUCGCGAAGAACAUCUUGGCGCAGUUGAAUGCGCCACAGGAUGUCAAAGGCCACGAUAGUUCGACCACGGGUCUCAUCCAUUACUAUCAGAAACACAGGAAGGAGUGAAUAUGAGCGCGUCUCCGAGCGAGCGGUAUCAGAACAAAUUAUUCGUUGUACUAUGAGCUUAGACUGUAGACUUUCGGCAAACUUGUUCCCCAACCGCACUUUUGGUACUUAUUCAAGAUGUUUAUGACGUUUCACGAUGAUCGAGCGGGCGUGUGAGUUUGGCAUGGACGAAAGCCUUGAAUGCAAGAAUCUGAAUCCAGCUCGCGCGUUACAGUAAGGUACUCGCAGGGAAGGAAAAAAACGUGUCCAAUGGGUUCAAGCAAGGCCAUUCAAUCGAAUGUAAGAAGCCGGCCAAGUUCUUGAGAAACAAAUAUGUGGACGGAUGCUGAAGUUCAGCGGAUGACAAAGGAACAUCACAUGCAGGAAACUCGCUAGAAUCCCAUAUGCGAGUGCGAAGUACGCGUGCAGCGCGAGGGAAGGGUGGAUGAAGGUUGCGAGUUGGAUGGAAAGUGUCUUGAGUUCUUCGUUUAAUUGCGGGCUGCCCACGAGAGAAGGG